AUGCCUCCAGGAUUUUCUGGUGACCUCAGCUUCAUCUCUUCGGAACCUUCCGUCGUAACAUCUCAAUCUGGCAAGCGGUUCUUUGUACAUGGCGACAUUAUCAGCGACCUAGACCUGGAAAGGAUUUUUGGCACAAACAAUCUCGACCUCUCGGCUUGGGAUGAUGACACAGUCAGCCGGUGGACCCAGUUCCUGUAUGUUGGGGACUAUCAGAUCCCCGAAUACGUCUGGCAGGAGAAAUGGGAGGGAGAGGAAGAGGAGGACGGGGACGAGGACGAGGACGAGGACGAGGAAGAGAAAGAGGAGGGGGAGGAGGAGGAGGAGGAGGAGGAGGAGGAGAAAGAGGAAGAGGAGGAGGAGGAAGACGAAGAGGAAGAGGAAGAAGAGGAAGAGGGUGGUGAGCAGGCUUUAACGGAUAGAGAUGGGUUAAAUACACCUGACAAAUGCACAUUUCAGGGUCGGGCGAAUCGGAAGGCACGUGAAAAUGCGCUACUCCCACAUGCGUAUAUAUAUGUACUCGCACACUCACUUGGCCCUGAUGAACUCGAAAGAGUGGCAUUCGAUCGCCUCAGUUCUGCACUUUAUAGUGCCGGUAGCUUUAUAGACAAGGGCGCCUUCAAACCAGCAAUCGACUUUAUUGAGAUGUUGGCCUAUACCUUGAAUUUACCGGAGGCUGAGCAUUAUCCUAUUAGACUAGGGCAACGGGUGCUACUCCUUGUCAGGAAUUUCGCAGCAACGCAUUUCGGAAAUCUGAUGUCCCAGGGCGAGAUGUCGUCUUUGAUGCUAAAGAACUGUGUUUUUGCUGUUUGGUUGAUGGAGUUGGUUGCGAAUAGCGUUCGCAAGGCGAAGAGUGUUGCCAGCCAACUCGAGUCGUGGAGAGAUCGAGCUCGUUCGUCUGAAGAGGCACUGCAGGAAUCGGUGUGGAAUAACGAAAAGCUUCAAACGUCCAUCGUCGCCAAAGAUGUUGACAUGUGGAUGUUAAAGAAGGAGAGGGAGGUUUUAAUGAGUAAAAACCCGGAGAUAACGCUGAAGAUUAAUGAGGACCUUUUAUAUAGCCAGUUUUCCCGGGUGGAUAUAGGGGCUUUGCGUGUAAAGCUCUGGAAAUUAUACGAUUUGGACCGGGAAUUGAUGCGAGAGUUUAAAGUAGCCAAAUCACAAGAGAUCAGACAGUUCUUGGAUUUUGAUACAAGUAUUGCGGGAUACCUUGAUUCCUGCCUUGAGGCAGCCGACAAGUUGUUCAGGUCGGAUUGGUCGGCGCUUGAAAACCCUCUAGAGUUAAUCGGCAAAUAUGAAAGCUCUACCGCAGCCGAAAAUUCAUCUGGAUAUUCGUCCAUCGAGGCUACGACAGGAUCUAAUUUGACACGUUCCAAUUCAAUAGAAAUGGAAGGCCGCCCUAAGAUAAUUCCCAGGCCUUUGGAACUAGAGGUUGUGAAAUCGGCACAUAUGAUCCAUUGGUUUAAGACAGAUUCAAACCACGGUAUUGCCACAUUACCAGUUAAAUCCACCACAUGGGACGCCCUUGAAAGAUGCCUCGUGGUCCGAGCGGCCUGGUUAGAUCGCCAUGCAGAGUGGAUGAGAGAUAAGAUAAAGUGGUUCGAAGCGCGUUUUUCGAAGGAUCGAUCCGCCCAACACCCCAAUGCCCGCAGCAACCCCAGGAUCUUAUACACCCGGCGCUAG